CUACAGACCAGUUUUAAAUUUUAUCAUUGCGUUCAACCGGUUGAAUUUGAUAAGUUCUGCAUGUGAGUUUGCUCAACUCUAGUGUUCAUAUUCAUUUUACUCCUUUAAUUGCUACAAAGAAAUGUUUAAAAACGCUUUACUAUUUUUUUUCUUGACAAUUGGUUUUGUUAAUUGUUUGGACAAUGGGUUAGCUUUAACACCACCAAUGGGAUGGAUGGCUUGGCAAAGAUUUAGAUGUAUUACCGAUUGCGAGGCUUAUCCCGAUGACUGUAUAAGUGAAAAACUGUUCAUGGAUAUGGCAGAUCGCAUGGCUGCAGACGGGUACCUCAAAGCUGGUUACGAAUACGUCAUGAUAGACGAUUGCUGGGCUUCAAAGGAAAGAGACAGCAACAAUAGGCUUCAACCUGAUCCAAAACGAUUCCCAAGCGGUAUCAAGGCAUUAGCAGACUACAUUCAUGCUAGAGGUCUCAAGUUUGGAAUAUAUGGCGAUUUUGGCACAAAAACUUGCGCCGGGUAUCCUGGAAGCUUGGAUUAUUUGGAGUUAGAUGCUCAGACAUGGGCUGAAUGGGGUGUGGACUACCUCAAGUUUGAUGGGUGUUAUGUUGACCAAAAAAUAAUGCCAGAAGGAUACGCCAAAAUGAGCAAAUACCUAAACGACACUGGAAGACCUAUAGUCUAUUCCUGCAGUUGGCCAGCCUAUCAAGAACCAUUAGGAAUUGAAUCAAACUAUACAGCUUUAAGCGAGUCUUGCAAUCUUUGGAGAAACUGGGAUGAUAUCAACGAUUCUUGGGAAAAUGUCACAUCUAUAUUGAGUUGGUUUAGUAAAAAUCAGCACCGUCUAGCACCAUUUGCAGGACCUGGGCACUGGAAUGACCCUGAUAUGCUGUUGAUUGGAAAUUAUGGUUUAAGUUACGACCAAAGUAAGGCCCAAAUGGCGAUAUGGUCUAUAAUGGCAGCCCCUCUAAUAAUGUCUGUGGAUUUAAGGCAUAUGGAAACACAAUUCAAACACAUACUUCAAAAUAAGGACGUUAUUAGAAUCAACCAAGAUCCUAUGGGAAUACAGGGAAAAUUAAUAUUAUCUAAAAGUCAAAUUGAUUUUUGGACAAAACCGAUUCUACCUAAAGUUAAUGGUAAACCAUCAUAUGCUAUUGGGCUUCUAAGUAACAGAAUUGACGGUUACCCCUAUAGGGUUAAUUUUACCCUAGGUGAAUUAAAUUUAAUGGAAAAUAUUUAUGUUUUAACUGAUGUUUUUGAAAAAGAAAUCAAACCAAAAGUUGUGGAUUCAAAGGACAGGAUUUUUGCCAGAGUUAGGCCAUCAGGCGUGGUACUACUAAAAGCCGUUCCAAAUGUUGUAGCAGUAAAUCAAAUGUAGUCUACCACCAAUAAAUAAUAAUUAUAAAUUGUAAUACGCAUUGGAUUUUUAAAUUUUAUACAUAAGAUACUGAUGAAAUAAAAUUAUAGAUA